GUAUUUUCAUUGACUAAUUAGAAUAUCUCGAUCAAGUGCUGAAACAUAGGCUUUCAGUUGCUUGGGAUUUAGAAACCCAUUUGGUCCAACUUGUAAGCCUCCAAUUUGAAUUAAAUCUAAUACAAGUUGCUCAUCCAAGUUGCAAUGUAGUAUCUGUUUUCUGUUUUGAAUUCCAGACGAGCCGACUUUGGGAGACCAGAAGGCAUAUUGGAAAAUGCAUUUAUAUUAGGUUAUGUAGGGGGUUUUGGAUGGCAAAAGUACAGUUGCUUGGAUUAUAAUUUAUCUGGAGAGUAGGAAAUAUAGGAUGGGAGAAAAGACAUAAAUCAAAUUUUUUUUAUACUUGUUAACCUGAUAUAAGAUAACUCUCCUAGAGUGAAUUGGCCCUUUAUUUCUCAAUCCAAACGCUCUUUAGGCCUGAUGGUUGGUGGUUGGUGUUGGUUGGUGGUUGGUUUUAACCUUAUUUCCCUGACUUCUCCAGAAAAAUUCUGGAAAAUGACUGCUAUUCUUUGCAGCUUAAAAAUCCUGUGUUAAAGUUUAAGCUAUUAUUUGCAGCUUAGAAUUCUUGCGUUACACAGUUGGGCUGCAAUUUGGCGAUGCUGGUGUAAACUGUCUACUUUUGGACGAGUCUGUUUGUUGUUUGUUUGUACUCCUAUCUUCUUUGCUAACAAAUCACUCCCAGAAUAUUACUAGUUUCUUCAGAGCUAAUUCAGGUUAGUGUUGCGGGCAAGUAAGGAAUUAUGGUUGCCCAUGGUUAGUUCCCAUCUCUAUAGACCAGGAUUCCUUACCCUCAAGCACAAGGGAAUAAGAGGAAUUAAUGAAAAACUGAAAAAGGAAACAAAAACAAGUAAUUAACGUACCCUGGCCCAAACCUCCUCUCUGAUGAAUAUUUGCAUGUCUCCCGGGCCACCACACGGAGACACGUGACUCCUACGGCGACAAAACCAAGAACCCACACGACAUUUGUCCCCCGUCAGCUCCGUUGCUAUUACCCCAAGAUAGCUCUUCCCAACGCUAAGCAUUAUUCACCUCCAACCAAGACGGCCCCGGCACCCUCCAGCCUUGCAAAUUCCUAUUUUCCUAUUUACCUUAUUUCAAUUUUUGUUUUACCCCCCCGGAUAAUAAAAGUAUAUGCGUGCUUGACAACUGGAGUCGAUAGAUACCCACUCCUGGCACAACGACCCCAAUUGGCUUUAUCUGCUGCAUCAAGGCGGAGUUUUGGAGGCUCGUUCAAUCACCUAUCCAUAUACAACACCACUCCCCAUUGGCCACACGUGCCAACUUACUAACCAUGCCAGCGACCACGUACCCAAGUCUACCACACGUGCCAGCACCACCUUCUCCCUCGUCGUUCAAGCUGCCCUUCUCCUAUUGGUCCUGGCCCACUUUAAAACCCCCACCAAAAACUAUCCCCCUUUCCCCCAAACUCCACAGACAAGUGUGCGUGUGCUAGGGAGACACAGGUGAUGCAGGCCGUGGAGGUCGCCAAGACCCAUGAGAUCAUGGCUCGCUUUCGGCCCAUCGCACCCAAACCCGAGCUACCGGCAAAAUCCGCACCUGAGACGCCACCUCGCUCGGCCAUCGCCGCGCUUCAUCUGCGCACCAGGCCAUGCCGCACACGUAAACGUGCACGCCCCCCAGCACCAACACCCCUUCUUCCCAUCAAACAUCUACGCCUUGACACCACCACCACCACCACCACCUCCUUAGUUCAUCCAGUACUCACUCAUCAUCCCCUACCAACUAUUCCAGUCGAACGAGACCUUCUUCAAGAGUUGCAGAAGCCUAAGGUUAUAACACCACAGCCUGUAAGACCAGUAGGUUCAAGAAUCACCAUUCUCGGGUGCAUCACGCUCCCAAAGCCCACCACCAUGUCUUCGCCGUCUUCGAAGAAGCCGGCUAAGGUGGAGGAGGAGUUAGAGUUGGAGUCACUGCCUGCUGUGGUUUCUGACUCUAAGAACAAAGUAAGAUUAGUCAAUUUAGCUUAUAAAGAGAUGGUUGGCCAGCCCGAGUGCUCAUGGCUUGACUCCCUUGGUGCCGGUAGCUCAAGGAGAAUCAAUGGGGAGGUCAUGCUGUACGUUCCUGAGAAUCACUGUUCCUCUUUUGUGAAGUUUGGGGAUAGGUUCUCUUGCAGGGUGAGGAUAGAGUGGCCAUGCAAUGGAAGGAAGAAGAUGGUGGAUGUGCCAUGUGAUGUGGUGAGACUUUGUUGUGAUUCUAAGGACUAUAGUUUUGCCUGGAGGUUUCAUAUUAACUAGACUAGUGUCAAGUUCUUGCUUAAUUUGCUUGUAAUAUGCUUAUGUCAUCUCCUCUUCUCGUUUAGUGUAUAUAUUAUAUAUAAUAUGGAAUGAAGACGUGGAGAUUAAAGGA